CGCCCGCGCGUAGCUCUGUCGUAGUACCCGCGUAGCGCGCCUACAAUCGCUCUGUGCCCGUAAAUCGUUCUAACUAUUGACUGUAGUGUUUGUGAAUUGUUUAUUUAUUCCACAUUUUUAAUUGGAUAAAUAUAAUUAGCGAUUCAUACAUGAUCACUUAAAGAGGCGCUAUGACAGGUCACGGACGGCACAACUAGCAAAUAACUCAAUUUCAGUAUGACGAGAAGGAAUCCAAUAUUUGUUUCAGCGUUUCCAAAAUGAAGGAGGGUAUCAGAAGGGCGCGCGGGAGUUGUAUACACGUUCCCGCGACUUGACGUGUGAGCAGACCGCUUACGAAAACAUAAUGGCUUCACAAUUUACCGCCAUAUUAUUGUGGCUCGUAGGAAGUGUGCUUGGUCUUCGCGAUAUUCAGCUGAACGUGCCAGAUGCGGUCGGAGUGGGAUCCAGUGCAACAUUAGGCUGCCGUUGGGCGUUGGACACCGGAGAAGCUCUAUACACUGUCAAGUGGUACCAUGGGGCACAAGAAUUUUUCAGAUUCGUACCAAAAGAACUGCCUAAUACGAGAGUCUUCUCGCAAACUGGGAUCAGUGUUGAUAUAUCGAGAUCAGGAGCUCAGCAGGUGGUGCUGCGGGGGGCAACGAAGGGCCUCACUGGUCGCUACCGCUGCGAAGUAUCGGCUGACGCCCCUUUUUUCCACACCGUCUACAAAAGCGCUUACAUGCGUGUUGUUGAAUUGCCCGAGACGGAGCCAAUAAUUCGAGCACAAAAGAGCUGGUAUUCCGUAGGGGAUAUGUUACGUGCGAAUUGCACCUCUCCACCGGCCGAUCCGCCUGCCAACCUCACGUGGCUUCUAAAUGGUUAUGAGGUGAAGGGUCUUGAUAUUCCUCCACCGGAUAUGUCUUAUCAUCGGAAGCAAAAUGUGAUAAGUGACGCGUCAUUAGAAGACGCUAAUAGAAUUAUAUUCAGUCCUUGGGACACGUUAACGGGGUACGAAGAGGCUGUAACUCAAGACAUACCAAAUAUCAAUAUGAACUUAGCGGAGAGACAAAGAUAUGAGAGUACUACACGUGUUUCACCAAAAUUUGAUACAAGUAGAAAUACGACUUUUGAAGAGGAGAAAUCAAACAAGACAUCUUCCUUCAGCCAGCUCGUUAUGCGAGUUCAAUCGUCACAUUUCCAUAAAGGUCGUUUGAAUGUGACUUGUGUGGCGCGGAUGCUGUCGGUGUGGUCUGCCAGCGCUGUGCUGAUACUGGACGAGGAGCGACCACAGAUUGCGCCGGUAAUGGGCAGUCGAGACUCCAAUUCUGGUGCCCGACCAUUAUUCAAACUAAGCAUCUUCCUAGAAGUCAAUGCUUUAUUAUUUUUAUAUCAAUGGAGAGACAUGUGGAAAGACUCUAGAAAGCAUUUCUAAAUUUCCAUCAGUGUUAGAAUUUUUUUUAUCAAACCAUAUAAGUAACUUGGUAAUUGGAACAAAAAUAUAAUUUCUAUUGUAUUAUGCAAAACAUAUAUUCAGUUACGAAGUUGGUGAUAAUAAAUUUUACCGUUAAUAUCAGUGUAUACUUUUUUAUUUACAGUCAAGAGUUGUACAAAAUGUGAUAUUUAAUAAAAACUCUCGUGUUGUAAAAUGAGAGAUUAAGCACCUACGCUCAGGAAUUUGGCACCACUUUUAUGUAACAAAAAUCAUUGUAUUAUGCUAUUCCGAAAUUGCACCUUACUGAUAAAAAUAAAUCGGAUUUUUCGUUUUUUCCGAAGUGUGAUUCUCAGCUCUAUGCCCAUGGAAAAAUAAAGAAACAAACCUAGAACAACUGGGAACAACCUUCGAAAUUUCCGUAUGUUUGAUUUUACGCGAGUGUUUAGAAAUUAAAUAUAUUUUAACGGAUUUUAAACGCGAUUUAUCCGUUAUAUUAUUAACCCGACGUUUCGAAACAGUCUCCCGUGACCACGCUCGCUGUAAAGUUAAUAAUAAUAAAUCGCGCUUAAAAACCGUUAAGAGUCUUUAAUUUCUAAACCUUCGAAAUUUUUUUUACUUAAAAGUGUAGUGCUAACUUCCUAGACAUAAUUAAGUAUGUCCUCACU